UAGGCGCUGGCAGCUCCGGGGUGUGUUUUUGAUGAACAGCGCCUCUUCGUGGACAAAAAGACCCCAAACUAUCAGAAUCAAAGAAAUUAUAUCAGAGGUUUUUCAACAAUGUUGAGGCAGACGACGCAUAGACCAAAGUGUGCAAUGAUAAGUAUUUCGCUUACGUAGCUUAUUUCGCUCACAGGCUCCUUGUUUUGACGUUAGCUGCAGAGGAUGUGAUGUUGGGUUGCUAGCAGAGACAGCUAGCUAGCUGACACAGCAGCAGCAGCAGCAUGAAGUGAGUGGGUUAAAUCAUCAUUUUCUUAUUUUAGAGUCCAUGCUAGGCGCCCGAGCAGUUGCGGCGGGCUUCCCUUUAAUAUCUGUGGCCAAAACGAUGACCUCUGUGGGAGUGACGACACCCUCCGAGCCUCGGGGGCUGCAUGCGUCUGCCAGCCGGGAUGCGCGCGCUGGGAGCCCGCAGCAGAGGCUCCAGAAGCUGCUCGCGGUGCCUGGAUGCGACCCGAGCCGAGUUAACGACCUGCUGCUGCUCCGGCCUGAUACUGACGACCAGACUGCUUCAGAACCGAAGGAGAAGGGCAGUAACAGGCACGUUGUGUUUUUCCACGGGGAUAUUCAGAACUUCCAGGAGGAGAUGGCCCUGCAGCCCGAGGGAGCCCAGUGGCUGUGCUGGAGUCUGGAGCAGGUGGCCCUCACCCUGGGCCGACGUUUCCCUGGCCGACAUGUUUGGGUGGUCAGAGCCUCUCGCAUGUAUCUCCACAAGUUCAGCUGCUACCACAACUUUGUGGAGAGCAACAUGUUCGGGGCACCGGAGCACUCGCCGUACUCACCUGAAUUUGGGGCGUUUCGCCACCUCAGGGCCCUGCUGAGCCAUGGCAUGGAGCGAGCCAAUCUACCAACGCCCCUCCAGCCACAAGGAGGCGCUGACAGCAUCCCCUCAGGGUUCUCACUGACGUUGGUGGGCUUCAGCAAGGGCUGCGUGGUGCUGAACCAGAUGGUGUACGAGCUGGCCGGGGCCCGCGCCGACCCUCAGAUGAGGCACUUUGUUAAACGCAUCUCGGACAUGUACUGGCUGGACGGCGGGCACCCAGGAGGCAGUGAGACCUGGGUGACGGGCAAGCAGGUGUUGAAGGAACUUGCUUCCAGCGGGGUGUCGAUUCAUGCCCACGUGACCCCUUAUGAGGUGUGUGACCCGAUGCGGGCCUGGGUGGGCCGCGAGCAUGGACACUUCAUUAAGACCCUGGAGGAGUAUGGGGCCAGCCCAACUAAGAAGCUGCACUUUAAGGAUGAGCCCCCUUCCAUUGAGAACCACUUCAGGGUCAUCCAGGAGUUUUGAGAUUAGUGGUGAGCUGAACGUCACUGAGCGCUUUAGAUUAUUUAUUACGAAUACAGAUUGAGUGUCUUAUUCGCUGGUCCUGCCUCGUUUGUCUGUGAUUUAAUGGCUCUUGAGUUUUGAGCAUGUGACAGAUGCUGGUGUGUUGUACUUUCUACUGCUAAAUGCACUUGAUCCUAGUUUGAACGACCAGGGGCCUCUUCCCCUGCAGCUCCCAGUAGGAUUAUGCAGAUAUGAAAAUGAUCUUGCUUUAGUCUUGAAGAGAAAUGUGACCUUUUCCAUUAGAUUGUGGCUCAGGCCUUGAAUUGCUGCAGAAUGGUUCAUGUCGUUUCAGCUGGAUUUUGCUAAUGAGUUGUAUAAUUUAAGGUGUAUAAUGUAAUUAUGACAAAUUUGAUUUUAAACUUAACGUAUGUUUGGCUGAAGCAGGACAGCUUAUUCCAUUCUCUUUAUCCGUGCCCUUGUGUUGAGCUAUUUUUGACCCAUGAAUGUCUGAAUGUCUGAACUUCAACUGGUUCAGUCUCCAUCAGUCGGUCUCUCAGUAGUGAUUCUUGAUUGUGUCCAAACGUGUGUCCCCUGAAUUAAGCCACGUACUUUGUCAGAAAGUAAAACAAUGGUUCUGUUGUCAUUCCUUCAGUUUGAUCCCAACAGCGGACUGUCCACCAAUAAUGUGUGCACUCCUACAGUUUAGACCCCAGUCCCACCUCAGGGUCCAUUUAACAGCUGGAGCUUUCGAUCAUAUCACAUUGUCUUUUUUGGCAAAUUGCGCUGAGAUGCUUUAAACUCCACCUGCUGAUGACCUUGAGGUGAGAUUUUGUCCCCUGCUCUUUUCAAGUUUAAAAAUGGACAUUUAAACUCAGUAGUAUUGUAACCAGAACAUUCUUUGAAACUUUUUUUCUGCUAUGACUUACUCAUAUAAACCUUUCUUGUUAUCACUUUUUCUAAAUAUUACCUGGGCCCUGUUUCAGAAAGCAGGUUCAACACACUCUGAGUGUAAAUCUGUACUCUGAGCUGUCAAACUCUGAGUUUUACGUUUCAGAAAGGCCGAUCAGAAUAAGUUCAGUCAACUCUGAGUAUGUUGAGCCUGAUGGAAGCGUGUGCGUGGGGAUGGGGGAAAAAAAACAUCAUCAAUGGAGCUCCGAUACUACUAUUCACCAUGGCAACGGGUAAAUAAAGGCAGAGCCUCCAUUUUAAUCGGGUGGAGCUAGAAAUAUGAAUGCUGCCAACGCGGACCAUGAUAGGCUCAAAAACACAGGAUCGAUACAUUAACAAUAUUACAUUUUAUUCAGCGUUGCUCAUUCAUCAUUUACCAGACUGGAAUUUCAUUAAUGAAUGAUAAAGUGCUGGAAUUCUCCUACAUUUAAAAUAGCUACAGGCCUGUUUAUUCAGCUGGAACUUGGGACUAAAUGCUGGUGGCAAUAACUGAAGAUGAAAUUAUUAAUCAAACAGAUCAGACACAGUUUAGGCUCCUCAUGGACCCGUGAUUGUAAAUUGACAGUCCAACUCAGUAGGCCUAUUAAUGUUUUUUGUAAUGUAAAAUGUUUCUAGGUUCAAACUGACUGAAGUUUUAGACGUCUAUGUUCCAUUAAUAAAAUCUUUUGUAUUCUUUUGUAUUUUAUGAAAUGCUGUCAAAACACAUUCAGACUAUCAGCAGAUAAUGAAAAACUCACUUUUAAACUACAUUUGUUUCAGUUGCACCACAGUCAUCCUCACUCAGAAAUAUUCACAUCAUAUGCAGCUAAUAACUACGAUAGGAAUGUUCAAUCUGUGCGACUACAAUAUGAAAGGUUACUGUUCAAUCAUCAGUUUUAUAGAGAUUACUUUAAACAGCAGCACUGUAGCGCACAGUAAGUGUUUUGCCUUAAUGUCCACAGUCAGUGUGUUAUAAAGGACAGCGUAGCUUAUAGAUUUUCUUCUGUGUUGAAGAUAAAUUUACGAUGUCCAACUCUCUGUCCAUACCUCGAUGACAGAUUGAUCAUAAAAGCGUCAUGUUCAAGAUCAUGUUUGGGGAAAAAAAAACAACAAACAAAUAGCCUAUUUAACCGUGAUUUUGAUGUUUCUAAAGACGUAAUUGCGUUCCAAUAUGUGCUUUGAUUGUCAGUAUAAUUGAGGAAAUGAAACAGUGUGUGAGACAGCGGCUUCAAGCUCUGCAGGAGGAGUCAGAGAGAAACUCAGCAUUAGUUGAAGUAAACCUCCUCCUGAGCAGGUUAGGUUCACAGCGUAAGUUGCCGGGGUUACAGACCUAGAGUUUCUGAUCUCGCUCUCUGAAACCCAAACCCAGAGUUUCCCUCAUCUCGGCGAGUUUUCACUAAACCCGCUUUCUGAAACAGGGCUCUGAACAUGUUACUUGCUACUGCUGGUUUUGAUUGAACACGUUUACAUUUUUUUUUGACAAUAUACCAAAUUACCUUUUUAUAAAUAAAAACAAUUCUUAUAGUUUUUUGUUAAAGUGAAGUUGACAGGAUGCAUCAACGAGAAGGUACACGGUCAUUUUCUCACCAGCUGCUUUGUUUCUCACGGUGGCAGAAAUGCAUCACUGUACUUCUUGUUUAUUGCAAAAUGUAAAACUGCACAUCUGUGUUUUAGUAGGACUGUGGCAGCAUGUGUAUUAACCCAUGUGAUCUCUAUGUAAGCUUAAAUAGCAUCUUUGCACUAUGCUGAUAGGCUGUAACUCAUUUUGCUGAAUGUAACUUCAAGUCAUUCCAUUGUGUUUACUACUUGCUGUUUGCCACGCUGUUUAAAGACCCUGGGAGUCAGAGGGGCGGAUCAGAUUCACUUUUCAAAAAAGCCAAGAGAACAUGUAUUAUUUUAAAGCAUCCGCUUUCUAAUUGGUAAACAUCGUCACCAUGUUAUUUUGUUCUGUUAACCAGUGACAGAGAGGAAUCGAGAGACUUUGUCACUAGUUACUACAGUGCACUUUGCUUCAGCUCUCUCGAGUCAGCAGGUGGCAGCAGUGUGGAAAAUAUUGAAAGCAGGACAUUGAAAAAGACUUUGAUCAACACUGGACUGACUCAAGAUGACAACAACAACAAAAACAACAUCAGAUAUUUUCUACAACCUUUAAUGAGCUUUUUCAGUUUGCUUUGUGAUGCUUAUAUAUUAGCUUGCUGUUGAUCAGAAUACAAUAUGGAUAAUGAUUUUUUUUUUUAGUCAUU